UGAUAACUUAUGUGACAUGAUAUAAGCUACUUCGAGUCCCAGCUCAGCCCAUGCAAACUCUCUGCCCGCUUCUCCAAGGUCCAAUGCAGUUUGUUCGGUUCUAUCCCAUUCCCCUCUUCCUUCACUCUUAACCCUGACACUUUGGUCAAAUCAUGGCGCCUAGAACAACAAACAACCAAUCGCUGAUCAAUAUACAUGCAUGGUCUGUCGGGCUUCGAGAGUCGGUAAGGGAAAGCAAGUGCCUUACUUUACCUAGGUACUAACCUUACCGACCAACCACCGCCCGUGUACCUCAGCUCACUGUAUGCAGUGAGAGGAACAAGGCGAUAUCCGUCCAUAUGUAAGGCUUUGUAUGCCCCUCCAUCAUCCGCUUCUCGUCAGCUUCUUCUUUUACUUCUCUCCUCUCAAGCAUUCAUAGUCAUAAUCUCGUUGGAGUGGUCCUUGUAUCAGGUUUCCUUUGGGCUUUUACGGUUCCUUUCGGUUCCUCCGUUCAAUUUCCUUUUCAUAUCAUCGACUUCCAUCAUCGUAUCACACUGCUUCUCUAUUGUAGCUCUCUUCUGUCACGUCAUCUCCUCUCUUGUUGCUCUCAACUUGUCUCUUUAUUUGAGUCAGUUUCUGCCUUUUCUACGUCUCUUUGCCGGUCUUCGAUUCUUGUGCGCGCCAGGCUACGGAAAAGCACCAUCUGCACGCCUUCUUUCAGCCUGUUGACCAGCUCUCAUCUCCAUCAAAUUAAACCCCCCCACGUCUCACAACCGGCCACGAUCAAGCCAAGCCAAGGCCACCGUCUCGUUCCGCUCCUGUGUUACUGUGCCAAACUGCACGCACGCGCAACAAUUCGAUCGCUCCUCUCCGAAAGCUUGCGCCUUCGUUCGCGUCGCCAUCAACCGCUUCUUGGAGAUUUCAGACGUUGGAGUUUCCACUACAACCUCCCACCCCAGUCCCAAAGCUUUCGUCUGGACCCCGUUGUCAGACCAGACCCAGACGCCGGCCCCUCUCUCUCUCCCUGUGCCCACCGUGUCACUCUUAGCUCCAGGUUGUCUACUCGUCCAGUUGGACCCCUGUCCUGUCAAACGCUAGGAGGUACAGGUACAUAUUGUCACCGACCGCAGACUCUCCACCUCGACCGACCGACUUCAGUACAACACAGCUCAUAGGUAGCCUCCAAUUCCUCUUCUACCUCUGCUUUGUCGUCCUAUCCUUCCGUUACUCAUCCUUCUUGAUCAUCACCCCAGACACGAUAUCAUACAACAUGGCCGACGCUGGAACGCCCUCUAACCCAGGCCAGCUGCCUCCCCCCCCUCAGGCUGGUGCCGGCGCCCCUGGCUUCGAAGCUGGCCAGAAUGGACAGCCUAUGGCCCCUCCGCCUCUGCAUAUCCCUCAGAAUACCAACCCGAUCCCGACUGCCAUCACCUCCCCCAGAUCCGCUGCCGAUCAAGGAGGCAUCAUGUCGCCCACCAGUGCAGGUGGCUUCCGUCGUGCUGCCCCUGAGCCCAACAAGCGUGCCCUCUACAUUGGUGGUUUGGACCAGCGUGUAACUGAGGAAGUUUUGCGCCAGAUCUUCGAGACUACGGGUCAUGUUCAGAACGUCAAGAUCAUUCCCGACAAGAACGCGCGUGGUUACAACUAUGGCUUUGUCGAGUAUGACGACCCUGGUGCCGCUGAGCGUGCUAUGCAGACCCUCAAUGGACGACGAGUUCACCAAUCGGAAAUCCGAGUCAACUGGGCCUAUCAGUCGAACACUACAAACAAGGAGGACACCUCGAAUCAUUUCCACAUCUUUGUCGGUGAUUUGUCCAACGAAGUCAACGAUGAGGUCCUCCUUCAAGCUUUCUCUGCUUUUGGUUCCGUUUCAGAGGCUCGUGUCAUGUGGGAUAUGAAGACCGGCCGAUCUCGAGGUUACGGUUUUGUUGCCUUCCGCGACCGCCCUGAAGCCGAAAAGGCUCUGAGCUCCAUGGACGGCGAGUGGCUCGGCUCACGAGCCAUCCGAUGCAAUUGGGCAAACCAGAAGGGCCAACCUUCAAUGGCCCAGCAGCAAGCUAUGCAGGCGAUGGGCAUGACGCCUACCACCCCUUACGGGCACCACCAAUUCCCAGCACAUGGCGUCGCUAGUUACGAGGUUAUUCUGACUCAAACUCCCAGCUGGCAGACAACUGUCUAUGUCGGCAACCUUACUCCUUACACAACUCCCAACGAUGUGGUUCCUCUGUUCCAGAACUUCGGUUUCGUUGUUGAGUCUCGAUUCCAGGCCGAUCGAGGUUUUGCUUUCAUUAAGAUGGAUACCCACGAGAACGCGGCUAUGGCGAUCUGCCAGAUGAACGGGUAUAACGUUAACGGACGACCCCUCAAGUGCAGUUGGGGCAAGGACAAGACGCCCAGUGCUCAAGGAGCCUUUGACCCUGCUCAGCCUUAUAGCCCACAGAGUGCUCAAGCUCCUGGCUUCCCGGGCACGCCUACAUACUAUCCUCAGUACGGUGCCCAGUACGGAGGACAGCCUGGAAACUACGGUGGACCACAAACUGGAUCACCGGCCGGCUAUGCUGGAUCACCAAUGGGAUAUGCUGCUCCUCAAAGCGCGGGCGGCUACGGCAGGGGCCAACAGCCUCCCAAUGCUGAAUGGGCCCAGCCUCGCCCUGGACAGAACUUCAACAAUGGAUUUGGUGGUUAUCAGGCCUAGGGGGCAACAACCAAACCAGAGCAAGACAAGCCAAAAAGCUGGACGAAAGCUGGACAUGGUGGUAUCGGGGCGGAGGUGUCUACCACUUGAUCAUGCCCCGGGACGGGUUUCUCUUUGUCCGCUUUUCAUGAUUCCCCUUUGUUCUUUCUCACGUUUCUGUGGAUUUCUCUCUUGUGCUUGCUUCUGUUGCUUCCAUUACUCUUUUCUCAGUAUCUUCAAGCAUUAUUACAGUUCAGGCCUGUGAUACCCCCGUUCCGUGUUAUGGGGGAAAAAGGGCGAUUUUCCUCUCUUGCUUACAAACGGAUGUAUGCAUUUCUCUCUUCUCUUCUCUUAUAUUCCUAUUUCGUCGAUAAAAGUCAGGGAGCGCCACAUGUUUCUCAAAUCUCUCUCAAUCUCAAUCUCUAUCUCUCUCUGUACGAGCGCUAAUUCUAGGAUACCACCAACAUUUCUUCAUCUUGACUUUGUUGCAUUAAGUCAGGAGCCAGUCUGGCAUUUUAAUUUUCCCUAUCUGACGACGUCAUGAGCGUUUCAUCCAUUCUUGUGUCUCAUGGAGCAUCUGAUUGAUAUUUCAAUGGCUGGCGAAGGGGGUGGCAGUUCCAUUCCGUGGAUUCUCAUCUAUGUAUUUAGCGGCGACCUUUUUCUUUCUUAACGGGACAUUUUCCUUCUUUCUCCUUUUUCAUUAAUACUUCUCGCGCACGCGAUGAUGGAACGACGACUUGACGACUCUGUAAGAUUGAUGAUAAAAGGUGAGGAAGUGGAAGAUGUCGGAGACACGCAGGUUGGGGGGCGUUGGCGGAUGUUGCUCGAGGUGCACAGGAUUCUCUCGAAGAAAAUUAGGCGACAAGACGGCGGCAGUUGAUGAAACGGAUGAAUAAAACAACAAGACAAUCUCACUUGACUAUCGGUCGUGGAACCCUCGGCCUUUCUCUGAUCAAUUGGAUAAUGGCGUAGGGUGACACCACAAUCGAACCGUUCUGCCGAGAUGUUGCCAGCCUUCAAAGUUUCCAUCUCGAUAAUGAUGCCCAAGCUGAGAAGUGAGGAGGUUUCUACAUAUGAAUUGGCAUAGCAACAGGCCUACGUGUUAGAUAUUUGGCACCAGUGAACCCCAGUAAAUGUGUAAAUAGACACAGGAGCCACGUAGGUUCAGAUUGGAUGGAUGGACAGAUGGGAUGGCAAGCUCAUGAAACGCCAACGAAAUAAACGGGGCACAAGAGGCUCUGGGGUUUGAUACCUACAGGCUACCGUCUUGUCCUACCAGAUACGGUGAGAAGGGCCGGGAGCCGUUUAGAAUGUGAAACUUGAUUUUUAUUCCGUGGUAACUCCUCAGGACCCUGAAAAGGACGUCAUUUUUAACAUGGUGGGUUAAUUGGCUAACGUC